AUGAAAAAAAAAGAAUUAGUUCUUACAUUUCGAUGAUGACCGAAAUCAUGAUCAACUUUUCUUGUUUCUGUCUAGGUUGAAGGAGAAGGUAAUGAGACGAGUUUUAAAUGAACUGAAACCUUCAUUAACUGAAGCCAACAAGAAGGCACGUGUGGCGUAUUGCCUUGAGAAUUUGGAGCCAAGUUCAUUGGAGGACAAUCCCACUUUUAAAGCUAGUUUUAACAAGGUUCAUUUGGAUGAGAAGAUCUUCUACCGCACAAGGAAGACACAGAAAAUGUACUUGAGUCAUAGAGAGGAAGCACCAAAAAGAGAAUGCAAACAUAAAAACCACAUCCAGCAGAUCAUGUUCUUGUCGGCUAUGGCAAGGCCAAGGUAUGAUUCUCAAGGAAAUUGUGUGUUUGAUGGAAAAAUAGGUGUGUGGGCAUUUGUUGAUUGGGUGCAAGCUCAAAAGAAGAGUGCUAACAGAGGGAGAGGAGAAUGGGAGCUCAAGCCUUCAUCUUCGGUGGAUAGGAACAAAAGCAGGGAGUAAAUUGUGCAGUAUGUACUGCCUGCUAUAAAGGAAAAAUGGCCUGAGAGUGAUAGAUGGAACACCGUGUACAUUCAGCAAGACAAUGCAAGAACUCAUGUUUUAGCAAAUGAUCCCAUUUUUGCAAUGGAAGCGGCAAAGGGAGGUUGGGAUAUCAGAAUUGUAAAUCAACCACCAAAUUCACCUGAC